GUCUGGAUUCGCAAACUUUCUUUUUUGAACGGCAGAACCCAAAGAGAAGCCAAAGGAAGCACGGGGAACUGCUGAGAACAGACAGUAAUCAUCGGCUCCACUCCCGGCGCCAACUUAGCCGUUGCUCCAGUCCUUGGCUUCACCCCGCUCAAGCUCAACGGUCACCCCCUCCCGCUCUGUAUUUAAACCUCCCUCAGGCGCCCCGCACUUCCCUACUCAACACCACCUCUCACCCGAUCACUGUCGAGCUGACAGCUGAGGACAAGCACCGCACCGCACGAGUCAGAGCUCAGAAGGCAAUGGCGUCGCCGUCGGCCACCGGCAGCUCGAGCCUGCGGAGCAGCUGCUCCCUCCCCAACCUGCUGGUCUGGAUCCUCAACCUCUCCCUCCUCGCCCUCGCCGCCGCCGCGCUCGGCCCGGUCUUCCUCCUCCGCCCGCGCCCGACGGCCUUCGGCUGGGCGCUCGUCUCCGUGCACGCCGCCACCCUGCUCUCCGCGCUCGCCGCGCUCUGCGCGCAGCUUACCCACCUCUGCCUCGCCGCCCACGCCGCGCUCGCGCUCGCCGCGAUGUUCGGCCACGCGCUGGCCUCCGCCGCCUUCUUCCUCCGCCGCGACCGCAGCCUCGCGCUCCUCGGGUCCGCCAGGGACCGCCGGGAGCAGCUCGUGCUGGCGUUCCUGGAGGAGAUGCUGCUGCUGGGCAUGUUCCUGGCGCAGGCCGUGGCGCUGGCGGCCGCGUGCGUGGUGCGCCGGCGGUGGGCGCGGGAGCACCAGGCGGCCGAGGCGGAGAAGGCGGCCGUGGCGAGGAAGAGGGGGAGAAAGAUGGCGCGGGUGCAGGCGGAGUCGGCGGCCGCCGCGGAGGCCGGGGUGAAAGCCGUCGACGAGAAGGUGAUGCGGAGCAGCAGUGGCAAGAAGGUGCACUGGGCCAACAACGAUGGAUUCGAAGAGUGCUAGAAGAACAAGGCAGUUGGACACAAGUAGAAGAAUCAGUAAUAAUCUCCUGUGUCAUGGUUCAGAGAUAUGAUGGCCAUUAUAGUGUGGCCAGAAUUGCCUAGAGUUGCUAUUUGUCGUUUGGAUUGGGGCUAUUAUGUACAACUAGUGUGAGAAGUUCUGUUUACUGAAGUUUCCUCACUGCAUGUGACUGAAAUAAUGCUUAGCUUGUCGCACAAUGCUAGAACAUGAACAGUAAUCAUGCAUUCAUACG